CUAAAUGCUUGGAAAGGGAAAGCAUCAUGAACAAAAAAACAACACUUGAGUUGAGUCGUUUGAGCAUUUGGAUCUACCUUGUAUUUUUAAUUUGAAUUGCCAUGGCUAUGAAUAGGAGGCAUUCUUACACACCCCAGCUAACGAGCCCAUUGAUCAGCAGAAUGAGCAGCGGGGGAACUGUGGAAAGUGGGAAAGCUCCAAAGAUUGGUUCUGUGGUGGAAGUGAUCGGAAAAGGCCAGCGUGGCACCGUCGCCUUCAUUGGAGCGACCCUGUUUGCCUCUGGCAAAUGGGUGGGUGUCAUCCUCAACGAGCCCAAAGGCAAGAACGACGGCACCGUGCAGGGGAAGCGCUACUUCACCUGCGAGGAGAACCAUGGAAUAUUUGUCAGACAGACUCAGAUCCAGGUGGUGGAUGACGGCUCCAGUGCGACAUCUCCCGACACUCCCGAGUCUGGUGGCUCCAGGAUCCUCAGACAAAAAGCAGAUAUCCCAGAGAUUCCCAAAACAAGUAAACAGGCACCCGUAAGCGCCAAGAAGUCCUCUACCCGCCGUUCUAUCAAGGCCUCUCGUGAGAAUCUGUCAUCUGGUGAUGUCAGCGAGGUGGGCCUGUCCCCCCACCAGGGUGCUCCACUCAUGCCUCACAUCGGAACUUCUGCUCCAGCUACUCCGAGUAAGGAGGAAGAAUCACUGCGGGCUCAGGUGAAGGAUCUGGAGGAGAAGCUGGAGACGCUGAAAGCCAAGCGCACGGAAGACAAGGCCAAACUGAAGGAGCUGGAGAAGCACAAGAUCCAACUGGAGCAGCUGCAUGAGUGGAAGAGCAAAAUGCAGGAGCAGCAGGCCGAGCUACAAAAAAAUCUCAAAGAAGCCAAGAGGGAAGCCCGCGACGCUCAAGAGGCUAAGGACCGCUACAUGGAGGAGAUGUCCGACACAGCGGAUGCCAUCGAAAUGGCCACCCUGGAUAAAGAGAUGGCUGAAGAGCGAGCAGAGUCGCUACAGGUGGAGGUGGAAACGUUGAAGGAGAAAGUGGAGGAGUUGUCCAUGGACCUGGAGAUCCUUCGGCACGACAUUUCAGAGAAAGGCUCAGAUGGCGCCGCCUCCACUUACCAUGUGAAACAGCUCGAGGAGCAGAACAGCAAACUGAAGGAGGCCUUAGUCAGGAUGCGCGACCUGUCUGCCUCUGAGAAACAGGAGCACGUGAAACUGCAGAAGCAGAUGGAGAAGAAGAACGCCGAGAUGGAGACCCUGAGGACUCAGAAGGAAAAACUGCAGGAGGAGCUCAAGCAGGCCGAAGGCACAGUCGACGAACUGAAAGAGCAGGUGGACGCCGCCCUGGGAUCAGAGGAGAUGGUUGAGACUCUAACGGAGAGGAACCUCGACUUAGAAGAGAAAGUCAGGGAGCUGAGAGAAACCGUCAGCGAUCUGGAGGCCAUCAAUGAAAUGAACGACGAGCUCCAGGAGAACGCCAGGGAGACGGAAAUGGAGCUGAGGGAGCAGCUGGACAUGAGCGGCGCAAAGGUCCGCGAGGCGGACAAGAGGGUGGAGGCCGCCCAGGAGACGGUGGCCGAUUACCAGCAGACCAUCAACAAAUACAGAGAGCUCACCAACAGAUUGCAGGAGGCCAACAAAGAGCUGACGAUGCAGCAGAGUGAAAGUAGCGAAGUGCAACAGCCGCCCGCAGAGCUGUUUGACUUCAAGAUCAAGUUUGCAGAGACAAAGGCGUACGCCAAGGCCAUCGAGAUGGAACUGAGGAAAAUGGAAGUGGCUCAGCUCAACCGGGAGGUGGCGCUGCUCACCUCCUUCAUGCCGGACUCCUUCCUUCGUCACGGCGGGGACCACGACUGCAUACUGGUGCUCCUGCUCAUCCCCAGGAUCAUUUGCAAGGCUGAGCUGAUCAGCAAACAAGCGCAGGAGAAGUUCGAUCUGAACGGCAACCUGGCCCUAGGCAGCGCUCUCAAAGGGCCUCCAGGAGAACAACGCAGUUUUGCCUCUGGACUCGUGUACUCGUUGAGUUUGCUUCAGGCCACCUUGCACAAAUAUGAACAGGCUUUGAGUAUGUGCUCGGUGGAGGUUUUUAAGCGCAUGGGCACGCUCUACUCGGAAAUGAGCUUUCACGAGCGCUCUCUGGAUUACUUCAUUGACCUGCUGCACAAAGACCAGUUGGACGAGACUGUUCAGGUGGAACCGCUGACCAAGGCCAUCAAGUAUUACCAGCAAUUGUACAGUGUUCAUCUGGCAGAACACAAAGAGGACUGUACCGUGCAGCUAUCUGACCACAUUAAGUUUACUCAAAGUGCCCUGGACUGUAUGGGAGUGGAGGUGGCCCGUCUGCGUGGGUUCCUCGCGACAGGUCAGCAGAACUCCACGCUGGCUGUCCUCCUGAAGGACUUGGACACGUCCUGCUCGGACAUCAAGCAGUUUUGCAAAAAGAUCCGCCGCCGAAUGCCCGGAACCGAUGCCGUCGGGGCCCCGGCCGCUCUCAAUUUCGGACCACAGGUGUCCGAGGGGCUGACCGAGUGCAGACGGCAGCUGACCCGCGUGGUGGCGGUGCUUCAAGAGGUGGCGGCGGCCGGAGCUCAGAUGUCAGCGCCGCUGACUGAGCAGGAAGGACUGAAUGCGCUCAAAUUGGAGGACACGGCGUGUCAGGCCGUGGAGCAGGUCUACGGCUCUCACGCGCUUAAUGGCACCGAGUGCCUGCGUCAGUCCUGCAGCGCCAUUGUUGCUACGAUGAACAAGAUGGCCACCGCCAUGCAGGAAGGAGAGUACGACGCGGACAAACCACAGGGAAAGAGUCCUCCCGUGGAAUUGAGAGCAGCCACGGUCCGAGCCGAGAUGACUGAUGCCGAGGGCCUCGGAGUGAAGCUGGAGGACAGAGAAGCAGCCAUCAAGGAGUUCAAGAAGUCCCUCAAGAUCAAGGGAGAAGAGCUGAGUGAGGCCAAUGUCCGUCUGAGCCUGCUGGAGAAGAAGCUGGACACAUCCACCAAGGAUGCGGAUGAGCGUGUGGAGAAGAUCCAGACCAAAUUGGACAAGAACCUAGACUUGCUGAAGAAGAAAGAAAAGGAAUUCGAGGAGACAAUGGAUGCCCUGCAAGCAGACAUCGACCAGCUGGAAGCGGAGAAAGCUGAGCUGAAACAGCGCAUCCAUAAUCAAUCCAAGAUGACCAUCGAGGGCUUGCGAGGUGUGCCUGCUUCCGGAAUGGCUUCCGCCGUUCAGGGACCAGCAGGAGUAGCUAUGUCGCAAUCGCUGGCAGGACCAUUGCAAGUGGUGGACUCUCCUCUCCUCCAGCAGCAGCUUGAAGCUCAGAGACUGGGCAUCAAGCGGCUCAAGACGGAAAACAUCAGACUUAAGGCAGAGAAGAUGAGUGCCCAGCUGGCCUCGCUGCCUCCACUGUGCCCAGCCAAACUGCCCCAAGUGACCAAGGAGAGCUCGGUGCCACCAGAAGGACUGAAUAUGGGCAUCUACCGCCGCACAGACCAGCUGCUGGCUACGCUUCUGAAGCUGAGCGCAGAAGUCAAAGUGGUCGACAUCACCGGGAAGACGUCAGUGAGCGCCAGCGCCCAGCUGCUGGAGCAGACCACCAGACUCCACAACCUCAGCAACGCUCUAGCCAAACUCAAGGGUGAAGUCGCUGAACACGUUGUGUCCAAUCAACCGGGAGCAAAAGCCCCUUCCGACUUUGCGACCUUCCCAGUCUCUUCUUUCGUCAAGGCAAAGGGAGAGAAGACGGACGGGACAGUGUUUGUGGGUCGUGUCGCCAUUCCGUGCACUCGCGGACAGGAGCAAGUCCACCGUCUGGUCCUGUCGCAGCAGCAACUGCAACAAGUGCAUCGCCUCCUCAUGGUCUGAGGCAGCUUACUUUCCCCUUUUUUUCAUCUGGUUACAACAACCAAAUGAGGCGUCAACACUUUUCCACUCUUUCACUUUACAGGGGAAAUUAGCUCAUUUUUGCAUUUAUACUCUACCAAAUGCACUCCCUGUGUUUUAUGUACAAUUUCUCUAAUAAAAUGCAACCACUUAUUGAAUGAACUAAA